AUGGCAGAAGAUCGAAGCUUGGAGGUGCGAGCAGUUGCGGCCGUCUUCCUCGCAUUGGCUACAGUGGCUACGGCUCUCCGAUGCUAUGUACGCCUGGUGAUUGUGAAGGCGUUCGGCUGGGAUGAUGUCAUCAUGUUAUUUGCGUUGGUGCGUCUUGUCCCCGUAGUUGAGCAGGAGUUUCAAGAUGUCUUUCUGACCUUUGUCGAUCUGAAACAGGCAUUCUUCGGCAUGUUUUCCGGGUGUAUGAUCGGAGGAAGCAUAUACGGGACCGGAAGGCACCUCACCGAACUUACGAAUUAUCAGAGAACAACCGCCAUGGAGUACUGGUUCUUAUGCGAUAUUGCCUACUGCAUCUCGUCCAUCCUGUGCAAGAUCUCCGUCGGCAUAUUCCUCCUGCGAGUGACCGUGGACAAACUUCAUCGCAUGGUGAUUUAUGCGGUUACCACUUUGGCGGUGGUAUUUGGAUUGAUGUUCUGGAUCCUCCUUCUCGCCCAGUGUAAACCGGUGAAGUUCUUCUGGAUGCGAUUAUCCACGGAAAACCCAGUUUCCGGGUCCUGUAUCAACAUGACCGUGGUCAUUGUGGCUCUCUAUAUCUUCAGCGCAGUGUCCUUUAUCUUUGACCUGACUGUGGGGCUUCUGCCCAUCUUCGUUGUGCGCAAUUUGCAGAUGCGCCGUGACUUAAAGUACGCCGUCGCCGGUCUGCUAGGCAUGGCUUGCAUUGCUUCCGUCGCAGUUCUGGUCCGAAUGGCAUAUGUCGAGACACUUCGGAACCCAGAUUUCCUAUGUGAGUCUUCCUUCAGUCUGUCUUGCCGUGCCUUGUUGCAUGGCCCAAGCAAUCUGACAAGAACGCCCACUGACAUGUAUCAUCUAGACGCCACUGUUGGCAUCGCAGUGUGGUCCAACAUUGAAACCGGCCUGGGAAUCUUUGCUGGUAGUCUGGCAACCCUCCGCCCUCUACUACGCAUGAUCCGUCCGGGAACCGGUCGAUCAUAUAACAAAAAUACCCCCUCGACUCCUGGAUCGCGUACAUGGCAUAACUCAUCGUUCCAGCGGAGCAACGCCCUGCCGCUGUCUUCUCUCACGACGGAAGAAGAGCGACAACAUAGGCUGAAAGGAAAUGUGCGUUCCGGUACACCCGUCGAGACUGGACCGGGGAUGUCGUCGUCGAGUGUUGGAACUGAAGAUGAUUUAUCAGAUCACGAAUUGAUCCUACCCAAGGAUUCAACAGACUACCAGUAUCAAAUCAGCGUGCGGCGUGACUUUCACAUCACGAGCAGCGAAAGCCCUGUUUGA